CACGCCUCCUUAGAUUAACGCAUAGAUUAAUUAGCAAACCUUACCAUCUCUCAAAGUACGUUUCUACUACAGAGUCAACGACCAUGGCCGACGCUCUCAUCUCCAGUGUUGUGGAACAGCUGAUCAACAUCCUGAAGCACCAAACCCAUGAGCUAAAAACCAACUGCAGCAUCACACUCUGAGAUUCAAGGUAGGAAAUCUGAUCAAGAAUUGAUGCGAGUCACCACUGCGUUUGAUGUGGAUGCGUCUGAGAUUCAAGGUAGGAAAUCUGAUGCCAGUGCUUUAAUAAGCAAGUUACUGGAGAAUUCUGGAGAAGACGAAGCAAGAAAUGGCCCCCCUGUGAUUUCCAUAGUGGGCACGGGAGGGAUAGGGAAAACUACCCUUGCUCAACUAGUCUUUGGGGAUGAAAAGAUCAAGACUCAAUUUGAUGAAAGGGUGUGGAUUUGUGUUUCCGACCCCUUUGACCAGAUCAAGAUUGCAAAAGCCAUUGUUGAGUCAACCACUAAAAGCUCCACCGAUCUGUCCCAACUCCAACUGUUACUGGAAAAGAUCCAAAGCACUUUGUCUGGGAAAAGGUUCCUACUUGUGAUGGAUGAUGUGUGGACAGAGCAGUAUGCAAAGUGGGAACCAUUGAAGAACUCUCUCAAGGAUGGACUCCCCGGGAGUAGAAUCUUGGUGACCUCAAGGAGUGAGAGGGUUGCUAGAAUGAUGGGAAGUGCGUAUCUGCAUCACUUGGAUCUAAUAUCUGACGAGGAAGCUUGGUUGUUGCUUAGCAGGAUAGCAUUUUCCGGGAGAAGGGAAAAUGAUUGUGAGAAACUGGCCCUGUUUGAAGCUAUUGUAGACGACUACUUCCGGCGACCCAAUUUCCGUUUCCAGUUCUCCAUCGAAUUUCAGUGCAAACUAGAAGCCACAACGGUGGCGGCAGCGGCGGUGGCGGUUUCCGUGGUGGACGUCAUGAGGGCAGAGGCGGUGGUGGCGGUUAUGGUGGCCGCAGGGAAGGUGGUUACGGUGGUGGCGGGGGUGGCGGCUAUGGUGGCCGCAGGGAAGGUAGUUAUAGAGGUGGUGGCUACGGCGGAGGUGACCGCUACUCUAGGGGAGGCGAUGAUGAUAGCUGGAGGAGCUAAUCUAGCUUUAUUGUUGCGACCACUGAAAGAUAUUGGUCAGAAAAUUGCUCAAAAGUGCAAAGGACUGCCACUUGCUGCUAAGGUCAUGGGAAGCCUGCUAUGUUUCAAAGACACUAGAGAUGAUUGGCAAAAUGUUUUAGACAAUAAAAUUUGGGAGUUGGAUGAAGUGGUAACAGACCUCUUCCCUCAUUUGCAUCUAAGCUACAAUGAUUUGACCCCAAAGAUGAAGCAAUGUUUCUCAUACUGUGCUGUCUUUCCCAAAAUGCAUGACAUAGUGCAUGAUUAUGAAAUAGAGUUUCUUACCAAAAAUGAAUGCUACAGUUUUAACCAGCAGAAAAUUGGUAGGAAUAUGAAUCUCACCGCUUCCAAUUGUGAUAUUGGAAAACUUCACAGUAUUUUUGCUGAAUGCCUUUCUCCCGAAGAACUUACUCCUGAUUUGUUCAAUAGUCUGAAAUCUGUGAGAGUAUUAAGAUUGCACGAGUUUGAGUUGCAAGAACUCCCAAAGGAGGUAGGAAAUUUGCUUCAUCUAAGGUACAUUGAUUUAAGUAGGAGUGAUGUAGAGGAGUUACCGGAUGCAAUUUGUUCUUUAUAUAACUUGCAAACUUUAGAUCUUAGUAGAUGUAAUUGGUUUUCUAGGUUGCCGGAAGGGAUUGGAAAUUUGUGUCAGCUAAGGUACAUUGAUUUAAGUAGGAGCGAUGUAGAGGAGUUACCAGAUGCAGUUUGUUCUUUAUAUAACUUGCAAACUUUAGAUCUUAGUGAAUGUAGUCGUUUUUCUAAACUACCUGAAGGGAUUGGAAAGUUGCGUCAGCUAAGGUACAUUAAUUUAAAUUUUUGUAAAAAUUUGGAGGAGUUACCCAAAGGGAUUGCCAAUUUGAUAAACUUGAGACACCUUUACAUCACAAGCACCAAGAGGUUGGAGAUGAUGCCCCAAGGUAUCGCAAAGCUAACUCAGCUUUGUAGUUUAAGUGAGUUUAAGGUGGGGAAAGAGUCUAGUAAGUUAGGAUACAUGGAGAAGCUGAACCAACUUAAAGGGGAGCUGUCAAUUAUUGUUUUGUCCGAUCUGAAUAACGCAGCAGAUGUGGAGGAAGCAAAGAAAGCAUAAUUGAGAAACAAGAAGUACAUCGAAGAAUUGUUUUUGGAUUUCAGUGGGGGCGUCGAUGUGGGAAUAAAUGUGAUGGAAGCUCUGAAACCACCUCCGGAACUGCAAACCUUGCA